UCGUGUUGCUGAUCACUUGGUCCGUCGCUCGCUGGUUUCACUCUCGUCCCUAAGCCGACAGAUUCGAAAACACAAGUUGGAGGGGCGUUUUAAAACCCUAAAUCGCGAAAAAGGAAACGGAGAUUCCGGUAACGCAGAUGUCGUCUUCUUCUCCGAGUGGCAGCGGUGGCGAUUUGACUGAGAGAAGAGGGAUUCCCGCCGCUAAAUUCAUCCAAGAUGUCGACACUUACCUCUCGCAGUCCGGCCUCGAUUCUAAUUCUGCUCUCGCCUUCCAUCAAGAAAGGCUUCAGCAAUAUAAAGUUGUUGAAAUGAAGCUUCUUGCCCAGCAAAGGGAUCUUCAGGCUAAAAUCCCAGACAUUGAGAAGUGCUUAGAGGUUGUUGCCACUUUGCAAGCAAGGAAGGGUACUGGUGAGGCGCUUUUAGCCGAUUUUGAAGUGUCUGAAGGAAUAUAUUCAAGGGCCUGUAUUGAAGACACAGACUCGGUGUGUUUGUGGCUGGGAGCAAAUGUCAUGCUCGAAUAUUCCUGUGAAGAGGCUACAGCUCUUCUGAAAAACAAUCUGGAAAAUGCUAAAGCCAGCCUGGAGGUUCUUGUAGCUGAUUUACAGUUCUUGAGGGAUCAAGUCACAGUUACUCAGGUAACUAUUGCGCGUAUUUAUAACUGGGAUGUUCAUCAAAGGAGGGUUAAACAAGUUACAUCCACUGCUAUUGCUGCUGCAGACUCGUGAAUCACCAGGGCCAUGUCUAUGUUAUGGAUUGAAAAACAAUGGGCUAGGGCCUAAUUUUAAUAAAGUACUCUUAAAAAAAUUAUUUUGUUCAACAUAUAUUAUACUAUGAUUUAAAAGCUCACAUUUAUAUCGAAA